GAGCCUAACUGUCAUAUCAAUUGGUUUAGGAGUCGACUCUUAGUUCAGGGAAGGAUUUCUUAUGGAGAGAUCACUGAUGCCAAUGGAGUGUCACAUCAGACAACUAGUAUUAUUGCCGACGACGUUAUAUUCUUAUCAUCGGGUCGUGUGGCCACUGAGGAGGACGUGGAUGAAGCCAUAGAGGCCUAACCAUUCACUCACACACUUGUCAACUGAUCAAACAUUUUGUUCACUUUUUCUAAUAAUCAUG